GGACAUUUAGUAGAGCCAAGUGAAAACAGCCGGUUUAGCUGCUGCAUGCGAGUCUGUUAUAGAAGAAUCCCAGCCUGACAGCGGAGGGUAAUAUUCUGGGACGCGAAUGAAGAAACUCCUUUUGCUUCACUUCACAUAUAGAGGACUUGUGAGAAAAGGGAAAAAGAGUAAGAGAAGAAAAUGGCCAAGUUUAAUUUGCGUAAAGCGGAGCCUAAAGACGUGCCUGACAUAUUGCGACUCAUAAAGGAACUUGCUAAGUAUGAAGAAAUGGAAGAUCAAGUCAUACUAACAGAGAAAGAGCUGCUCGAGGACGGUUUUGGAGACCACCCGUUCUACCACUGCGUGGUUGCAGAGGUGCCAGCUGAGCAUAAGAAAGUCGAAGGUUAUUCUGUGAUUGGAUUUGCCAUGUACUACUUCACAUACGACCCUUGGAUUGGCAAGCUGCUAUACCUUGAAGAUUUUUAUGUGAUGAAUGAGUACAGAGGUUUCGGAAUUGGGUCUGAAAUCCUGAAAACCCUCAGUGAUACAGCUGUGAAGAAUCGAUGCAGCUGCAUGCAUUUCAUUGUGGCUGAAUCGAACAAGGCAUCCAUCGACUUUUACAAGCGACGCGGGGCUUCUGACCUCUCGCUGCAGGAGGGCUGGCGACUUUUCAGGAUUGAUAAGGAGAAUCUCUUGAAAAUGUCUGCUGAAGAGUGAGCUGGCCUGAUGAUCCAGUGAUCUAGGAGGGACUUGUGACACCCAUUCUCAGUUGAAAUAUAUUUUAAUAACCUAAAUAUUGUAGUCUGUGGGCAUUAAUCCUUUAAAUAAGAAGUAACCACUAUUUUUAUUUGAUUAUUAUUAAAAGGCAAAUAUUGAUA